GAGGGGACGGGGGCAUUGUGAGACAUGGAGAGCAUACGGCCUGCCGCUCCACUGCGGAGCAUCAUCCUGCUGCUCGCCUUCUGCCAAAUUACUCUGCAGGGAGGUGUCCCUGGUGCAGGAGUAGCUGGUGUAGGUGGUCAAUAUUAUCCAGCAGGAGGUGCUGGGGCAUAUCCAGGGGCUGGAAUUGGAACGGGAGGAUUAGGACAAGGAGGAGUUGGAGGACAAGGAGCAGGAGUAUAUCCUGGAGGAAAACCCCCCAAACCAGGUUUUGGAGCCCUUGGAGCAGGAGGAGUUGGAGCUGGUGGCUUUGGAGCUGGUGGCCUAGGAGCUGGUGGUCUUGGUGCUGGUGGUCUUGGUGCUGGUGGCCUUGGAGCUGGUGGUCUUGGAGCUGGCGGCCUUGGAGCUGGUGGUCUUGGAGCUGGUGGUCUAGGAGCUGGUGGCCUAGGAGCUGGUGGAAAGCCACCAAAACCAGGUUAUGGACCAGGAGGCAUUGGAACUGGUGCAGGUGGGCUUGGUGCUCCAGGGUGUCAAAAGGGAGAAACAACGCCAGAAAAAGGCCAAGGUAAUCCAGAGGCUCAAAAAGUAGAAGCAAAGCCAGCAAAAGCCCCAGGUGGAGUUGGUGGUGUUGGCGGUGUUGGUGGCCUUGGUGGUGUGGGUGGAGUUGGUGGUGUGGGCGCUGGUGGACUACUACCAGGAGGUCUUGGUGCCGGUGUUAAACCAGGAAAAGGACCAGGUGCAGGGAUCCCUGGCUUGUACCCCGGGGGAGUGGUACAAGGAGGUGCAGGGGGAGUACCUGGUGCAUAUCCAGGCGGCCUUAUCCCAGGAGUUGGUGGUGUACCAGGACUGACAUCAGGAGCUGUCAUACCACAAACUGGUUACCAGCCAGGAGCUGGAGGAAAACCCGGAAAAGUUCCAGGUGUUGGAAUUCCCGGGACUUUCCCUGGAGGAGGAGUGCUGCCUGGAUCAGGUGUGAGAUACCCGGGAGUUGGUGUUCUUCCUGGAGUGGCAACAGGAAGUGGUGUGAAACAGAAACCUCAACCUGGUGGUGGAGUUUUGGGUGGAAUACCUGGCUUUGGCGGAUUUGGUGGACAGCAGCCUGGUGUACCUCUAGGAUAUCCUAUUAAAGCACCUAAGCUACCAGGAGGAUAUGGGGUUCCCUAUACAUCAGGAGGACCUGGAGGUUAUGGUACUGGUGCUUUGGGAGCUGGAGCUGGUGGCAAAGCUGGAUAUCCUACAGGAACUGGAGUAGGCGCUCAGGCAGCAGCCGCCAAAGCUGCAGCUAAGGCUGGAAGAUAUGGUGUAGCUGGAGUUGGAGGUAUACCUGGUGGUGUACCUGGAGCUGGUGGCAUCCCUGGUGCUGUGCCAGGUUUAGGCCCUGGAGGUGGAGCUGUUCCCGGUGUCGUGCCUGGCCUUUAUCCUGGAGCUGGGGGUGUUUUGCCUGGGGGUGGAGCACUGCCAGGAGCUGGUAUACCUCAAUAUGGUGGCAAACCGCCUAAAUAUGGUGUUCCUGGUGUUGGUGGUGUACAAGGUGUUGGUGGUGUACCAGGUGUUGGUGGCGUUCCUGGAGUUGGUGGUGUUCCCGGAGUUGGAGGUGUUCCUGGAGCUGGUGGUUAUCCUGGAGUUGGUGGUUAUCCUGGAGCUGGUGGUUAUCCUGGAGCCGGUAUUGGUGCUAAACCACCUAAAACUGGAGCUGGAAUAGGCGUUGGUGGGCUUCCAGGUGGAAUUGGAGCUGGUGGUCUUCCCAUUGGAGUUGGAGGAGUUGGAGCAGGUGGCCUGCCAGUUGGAGUUGGAGGAGUUGGACGAGGUGGUUGGCCAUUUGGAGGUGUUGGUGGUGUUGGUGGUGUUGGAGCUAAGCCCCCUAAGACUGGAGCUGGAUUGGGUGCUGGUGGUGUACCAACAGGAGUUGGAGUUGGUGGUGUACCAGGAGUUGGAGUUGGUGGAGUACCAGGAGCUGGAAUUGGAGGAGUACCAGGAGUUGGAGCUGGAGGAUUACCAGGAGUUGGCGGAGUACCAGGAGGAGGAGCGUACCCAGGAGGCAAGCCACCUAAGCCUGGUUAUGGAGCUGGAACAGGAUAUGGAACUGGAUUAUUAGGUGGAGGCGGAGUAGGACCUGGAGGGGCAUUAUUACCUGGUGGUGGAUUAGUACCUGGAGCUGGAUAUGGCUAUGGUCCUGGUGGUAUAGGUGGCGUAGGAGCAGGAGCAGGGGCAGGCGGCAAACCCCCCAAACCAGGUUAUGGAGCUGGAACAGGAUAUGGAACUGGAUUAUUAGGUGGAGGCGGCGGAGUAGGACCUGGAGGGGCAUUAUUACCUGGUGGUGGAUUAGUACCUGGAGCUGGAUAUGGCUAUGGUCCUGGUGGUAUAGGUGGUGUAGGAGCAGGAGCAGGUGCAGGCGGCAAACCCCCCAAACCAGGUUAUGGAGCUGGAACAGGAUACGGAACUGGAUUAUUAGGUGGAGGCGGAGUAGGACCUGGAGGGGCAUUAUUACCUGGUGGUGGAUUAGUACCUGGAGCUGGAUAUGGCUAUGGUCCUGGUGGUAUAGGUGGUGUAGGAGCAGGAGCAGGUGCAGGCGGCAAACCCCCCAAACCAGGUUAUGGCCUUGGAGCUGGUCUUGGAGCUGGUGGUGGACUUGGUGGUCUUGGAGCUGGUGGUGCACUUGGUGGUCUUGGAGCUGGUGGUGGACUAGGAGGUCUUGGAGCUGGUGCUGGUGGUGUUGGUGCUGGAGCAGGAGCAGGAGCAGGAGGAAAACCACCUAAGCCUGGUUAUGGACCUGGAACCGGUGCAAUAACUGGAGGCGGCACUGGGGGUGGAUAUGGACCUGGUGGUGGAUAUGGACCAGGAGCUGGAAUUGGAGGAGGAUAUGGACCUGGAGCUGGAUAUGGAACAGGACCAGGUGGAAUAGGAGGUGCAGGCCAGUACCCAGGAGGCAAGCCACCUAAGCCAGGAUAUGGUGCUGGUCAGGUAGCAGGUGGUGCUGGUUAUGGACCUGGUGCUGGAGCUGGUGGUUAUGGACCUGGUGCUGGAGCUGGUGGUUAUGGACCUGGUGCUGGAGCUGGUGGUUAUGGACCUGGUGCUGGAGCUGGUGGUUAUGGACCUGGUGCUGGAGCUGGUGGUUAUGGACCUGGUGCUGGAGCUGGUGGUUAUGGACCUGGUGCUGGAGCUGGUUAUGGCCCUGGAGGAUUAGGAGCAGGGGCUGGAGGCAAACCACCUAAGCCAGGUUAUGGAGCUGGUGCUAGUUUAGGUCCAGGAGGAUUAGGGGGAGCUGGAGUUGGAGGAUAUGGAGCUGGACAGCCAUUAGGAGCACAAAAACCGGCCAAAUCCUACUACAGAGGUGGUGGCCUCUGUGGUCAAGGAAAGUACUGUGGCAGGCGGAGAAAAUAACCAGUCAGAGAGCUACGAGUAACCUCAUCAACUAUGGUGCUACUGCAUGGUGUGAAUGUAAAAGGAUCCAAGUAUCCCCCCUGAUUUUUCUACCCCCUCCCGGAUCCCCUUUUUCAACUCCUUCCCCAUCCUUCCAUCCUCCUCUUUCUUGAACUUCCACCUGUAAACAACGAGUCAGGCAGCUACACUUUAUGUAAUGAGCCUGUAGUCUGACAAUAAUAAAAUGGCAGGCAGACAUAUACACACGUUGAUGCUGUAUGAAUAUGUCUGUAAUGUGUGUAUGUGUAUGUGCCAAUAAAUCAGAACACAGUCUAUGAAUGCACAUAGAGAACUCUAUGGAAUUGUGCAUACUUGUAUACAGUACAAUACAGACAUUAACAAGUAUGGACAUACAUGCACUAUAUAUAUAUAUAUAUAUAAAUAUAUGUAAAGUAUACAAACAUGCACAUCUAUACAUAGCCGUAGGUUGUCAUUCAUCUGGGCCACCAUGAGACUACAUAGGUCCACUUCAGAGGCUGGUGAAGUGAAACCUGCAAAAUAGGGCUGGUAGACAAUACCAUGACUUGAUCCUAAACAGAUAAGCACUGUUAAACCCCCACACAAACUUAAUUGUGUCACCUUGUCACACAAACUUAAUUGUGUCACCUUGUAGGGUUUUUUUUUUUUUUUUCGCCUCUGAUAGGAUAAAUAGAGUGGAAAUACAAGGACUACUGGUGGCCUGGUACUGGGCCAGUAAAUAUUUUGCCCACCCUUUUAAAGAGCUGCAAAUCAACCCUUUCUUAUGUCCCCGUGUCUUAUUCCUGUCUCUCACACCAUGGCCCCAAUAAGUUGUUGUUGCUGUAACUUAUACUUGGAAUUAAAUCCGUUGUUAUGCAAUUGGCCUGCAACUGUACAGGAUAUUGUUUUUAUAUAUGUUAUUUGUCUUAAUGAAGUGUGUGACUUCUCCCUCUCCCAGGGGGGAGCGUGAUGGAAGUGAUUUCAGAAGUAUCAUCCUUGAAAUUUACAUAUUUCCUACCUUUUUGCAAUAAAAUGCAGAGCGUAGCUUUUUUUUUUUUUUUUUUUUUUUUAAUAAACUGGUGCCAUUCUCUGCAGAUCUGUUAAAAGUGGGAGGCAUUACCCUUUGUUUCCAGAGGGGCAUAAUAAAGCUUCUCUGAAGUUAGGGAGAGAGGCAAUGUCAAGAGAGCAGGGAACAAGAACUGAUAUACUUGUAAUUAUUAUUUUUAUUUGUUGCCAAAGACAUGUGUAACAUAUUUAAACUUUGAGGCUUGGAAGAAGUUAAAAGUAAUAAAAAAGAUUGUGAGAUUAGGUAGAGUGAAGUCCCCCUCAGGCUUUGUUCCCUCUUUUGUCUUCGCUCUGUCUUCCCCGCAAACCAAAAAAGCUGCAGGAAGCUCUAGAGUCUUCCACCCCAUGUCUUUGGUUGUGAGGGGUGUGUUUGAUGUGCGAAUGCCUUAGUUUACUGACCACCCCCCUCAUCUUCCACCUCUCAAUGUAUUCCCUCUUUUACCGCCUCCAUUGG